CUCGAGUGUGCGGUACUAACUUCCGCCGCGCGCCACCCAUCGCGAGACUUCGGCGGCGCAGCAAUGGCGAGACCAUGCCGCGUCACUGCUCCGCCGCCGGCUGCUGCACACGGGACACCCGCGAGACGCGCAACCGCGGCAUCUCCUUCCACAGACUUCCCAAGAAGGACAACCCAAGGCGAGGCUUGUGGUUGGCCAACUGCCAGCGGCUGGACCCCAGCGGCCAGGGCCUGUGGGACCCGGCGUCCGAGUACAUCUACUUCUGCUCCAAACACUUCGAGGAAAACUGCUUCGAGCUGGUGGGAAUCAGUGGGUACCACAGGCUGAAGGAGGGGGCAGUCCCCACCAUAUUUGAGUCUUUCUCCAAGUUGCGCCGGACAACCAAGACCAAGGGACACAGCUUCCCACCUGGGACCCCCGAUGUCAGCCGUCUCCGGCGGUGCAGGAAGUGCUACCCUGAGGCCCGAGGCCCCACGACUCCAUUUUCUCCACCUCCACCUGCUGACGUCACCUGUUUUCCUGUGGAAGAGGCUUCGGCACCUGCCACUUUGCCUGCGUCCCCAGCUGGGAGGCUGGAGCCUGGCCUUAGCAGCCCCUUCUCAGACCUCCUGGGCCCCCUGGGCGCACAGGCAGAUGAAGCGGGCUGUAGUGCCCAGCCUUCGCCGGAGCCGCAGCCCUCCCCACUCGAGCCGCGGCCCGUCUCGCCCUCAGCCUACAUGCUGCGCCUGCCCCCGCCGGCCGGAGCCUACAUCCAGAACGAGCACAGCUACCAGGUGGGCAGCGCCCUGCUCUGGAAGCGGCGGGCCGAGGCGGCCCUGGAUGCCCUGGACAAGGCGCAGCGCCAGCUGCAGGCCUGUAAGCGGCGGGAACAACGGCUGCGACUGCGGCUGACCAAGCUGCAGCAGGAGCGGGCACGGGAGAAGCGGGCCCAGGCAGAUGCCCGCCAGACUCUGAAGGAGCACGUGCAGGACUUCGCCAUGCAACUGAGCAACAGCAUGGCCUGAGGGGCUGCUGGCGGCUGGGCUUCUCCCCCCCCCAGCCUGCCUAGACAGGGGCCUGAUCCGAGCUGCACCCAUCGGACUCACCAAAUGCCAUAAUAAAAUGGAUUCUAGAAAGAA